GACUUCGAGUAGAAAAACAGAAUAAAGUUGUCACGUGCUAGGAAAAUGGAAGCAAGAGCCACUUCUUUCUUCCUCCUCAAGCUCUUUCUUGAUUAGAUCAUCUCAUGCUUUGCCCAGUCAGAAACUCAGGAUACAAACUAAGCAUAAGGCUUCCAUGCUAGUAUCACCAGAAAACCAUGCAGCCACCUCAUUCUUCAUGCAAGACACAAAGCAACAGAUUUCCCAUACCUGUUCUUGGUCUUGCCCUUGUGCUACUGCUCAACUUCACCUCUCCCACCAGUUCAUGUACAAAGCAAGAGAAGAGCACCCUCCUCAAUUUCCUCACGGGGUUUUCUCAGGAUGGGGGCCUCAGCAUGUCAUGGAAGGAUGGCAUGGAUUGUUGCGAAUGGGAAGGGAUAAACUGCAGCCAAGAUAAGACCGUGACUGAAGUUUCAUUGCCUUCCAGGAGCCUCGAGGGGCACAUCUCACCAUCUCUUGGCAACCUGACUGGAUUGUUGCGCCUCAAUCUGUCCUACAACCUGCUAUCCGGUGCCAUACCGCAGGAAUUAGUGUCUUCCAGAAGUCUCAUUGUCAUCGACAUCAGCUUUAACCGCCUGAAUGGAGGUCUCGAUGAGUUGCCAUCUUCAACCCCUGCCAGGCCACUGCAGGUACUAAACAUCUCAAGCAAUUUGUUUAAAGGACAGUUUCCAUCCUCCACAUGGAAAGUGAUGAAAAAUCUGGUCAAACUCAAUGUCAGUAACAACAGCUUUAGUGGGCAUAUACCAACUAAUUUCUGCACCAACUCACCAUCCUUCGCUGUGCUUGAGCUCAGUUACAACCAAUUCAGUGGGGGCGUUCCCCCUGAACUUGGAAAUUGCUCCAUGCUCAGAGUCCUCAAGGCUGGCAACAACAACCUUAGUGGGACUCUCCCAGACGAACUCUUCAAUGCUACCUCGUUGGACUGCCUCUCUUUUCCCAACAAUAAUUUAGAAGGAAACAUUGGUAGUACACCUGUAGUAAAACUCAGUAAUGUGGUAGUACUUGAUCUUGGAGGGAACAACUUCAGUGGCAUGAUUCCAGAUACUAUAGGUCAGCUCAGUAGAUUGCAGGAGCUCCAUUUGGACAACAAUAACUUGCAUGGUGAGCUUCCAUCGGCUUUGGGCAAUUGCAAAUAUCUCACAACCAUCAACCUCAAGAGCAACAGCUUCAGCGGAGAUCUAGGCAAGGUCAACUUCUCCACAUUGCCCAAUCUGAAAACUUUAGAUAUUGACAUGAACAACUUUAGUGGUAAAGUUCCAGAAAGCAUCUACUCAUGUAGCAACUUGAUUGCACUGCGGCUCUCGUAUAACAAUUUCUACGGUGAGCUGUCAUCAGAAAUAGGCAAGCUGAAGUACCUCUCGUUCCUAUCUUUGAGUAACAAUUCUUUUACAAAUAUCACAAGAGCUCUUCAGAUCCUUAAGAGCUCCACGAACCUUACCACCCUGUUUAUUGCGUACAACUUCAUGGAAGAGGUCAUUCCACAGGAUGAAACCAUUGAUGGUUUCGAGAAUCUCCAGGCUCUCUCAGUAGACCACUGUUCAUUAUCAGGAAGAAUACCACUUUGGCUAUCAAAGCUCACAAACUUGAAGUUACUAUUUUUAUCCAACAAUCAACUAACUGGACCAAUACCAGACUGGAUUAGCUCACUAAACCGCCUGUUCUAUCUGGAUAUAUCAAACAACAGCCUAGCAGGAGAAAUCCCAAUUACCUUGAUGGACAUGCCAAUGAUAAGAACAACCCAGAAUAAGACCUAUUCAGAGCCUAGUUUCUUUGAGCUACCUGUUUAUGAUGGUAAAUUUCUUCAAUACCGUACACGUACUGCUUUUCCGACACUGUUGAAUCUAAGCCUAAACAAGUUCAUGGGUGUGAUCCCCCCACAAAUUGGUCAGUUAAAAAUGCUUGUCGUACUUGAUUUCAGCCACAACAAUUUAUCAGGACAGAUCCCACAAUCAGUUUGCAGCCUCACAAGUCUGCGAGUUCUCGAUUUAUCCAAUAACAACCUCACAGGUUCAAUUCCUGGUGAACUGAAUAGCCUGAACUUCCUUUCAGCAUUCAAUGUUUCAAACAAUGACCUUGAAGGUCCUAUUCCCAUAGGAGCUCAGUUUAGUACAUUUCCAAAUUCCAGCUUUGAUGGUAACCCAAAGCUGUGUGGCUCUAUGCUCACUCACAAAUGCAAAUCAGCAGAAGAAGCCUCAGCAUCCAAAAAACAGUUGAACAAAAGGGUCAUUCUUGCAAUAGUAUUUGGGGUGCUUUUUGGAGGGGCCGCAAUUGUUUUGCUAUUGGCGCACUUCCUUUUCUCGCUCAGGGAUGCAAUUCCCAAAAUCGAAAACAAAAGCAACACUAGUGGAAAUCUGGAGGCCGGUUCGUUCACCUCUGAUCCAGAGCAUUUGUUGGUAAUGAUACCACGAGGCAGUGGAGAAGCAAACAAACUCACAUUCACUGAUCUCAUGGAGGCUACAGAUAACUUCCAUAAGGAGAAUAUUAUAGCAUGUGGAGGUUAUGGGCUAGUGUACAAAGCUGAGUUACCCAGUGGCUCCACACUCGCAAUCAAGAAGCUCAAUGGAGAAAUGUGCCUCAUGGAAAGGGAGUUUGCAGCAGAGGUUGAAGCCCUAUCCAUGGCACAGCAUGACAAUCUUGUGCCUUUGUGGGGAUACUGCAUCCAGGGAAACUCGAGGCUACUCAUAUAUUCUUACAUGGAAAAUGGUAGCCUGGACGACUGGCUUCAUAAUAGGGAUGACGAAACCAGCUCAUUUCUUGACUGGCCAACACGUUUCAAGAUUGCACGAGGAGCAAGCCAGGGUCUUUCGUAUAUCCAUGAUGUCUGCAAGCCUCACAUUGUCCACCGUGACAUCAAGUCCAGCAACAUUCUACUUGACAAAGAAUUCAAAGCUUAUGUCGCUGAUUUUGGGUUGUCAAGAUUGAUCCUUCCGAACAAAAACCACAUCACAACAGAGCUAGUCGGCACUCUAGGUUACAUCCCACCUGAGUAUGGACAAGGAUGGGUUGCUACCUUAAGAGGCGAUGUGUACAGUUUUGGAGUGGUCCUGCUUGAGCUACUCACAGGAAGACGGCCUGUUUCAAUCCUCUCUACAUCAGAGGAACUUGUUCCAUGGGUACUAGAAAUGAAGUCCAAGGGAAACAUGCUUGAGGUCCUGGAUCCAACACUCCAAGGCACAGGGAAUGAAGAGCAGAUGCUCAAGGUGCUUGAAGUUGCUUGCAAAUGUGUCAACUGUAAUCCUUGCAUGCGGCCAACUAUCACAGAGGUAGUUUCCUGCCUGGACAGUGUAGGCUCCGACUGAAGAUAUAGAAGGCACAAGGCAGUCAAGGAGUUUUUAGUUUCAUAACCAGACAUUUCUCCUCCACUGAAGGAAGUGCUGAGUACGCUCAAUUGGCGAAAAGCAUGAGGAAAAGUAUAAACAAGUGAAAAGAUCAUCCUGUUCCUUUUUUCGCUGGGACGGCAGAAGGACGCCAUCUGAAUUUCAUUAGAUUUUAAAAGGAGUUUAGUACAUAAAUGCUCGGCAAACUUAAAUUGCCGGGGCAGCACCGCCUCACGGCAGUGAAACGCUAGGAGCUACACUUGUCUACAACCAGAGCUAGACUAGGCCAGCCUCCUGCCAAAUCAUCCUGUUCUUUGUGUGCUCAAACAAAUCGAGUGCAAAUGCUAAGGCAAUUAGGUGAUAUCAGCACUCUUGUUUCUGAUUGACGUACAUAGAAACCACAGGAAUCUAAUGAAUA